AUGAAAACCAGCACAGAUCGCGAAUGGUCGCCCAGAGUUUUAUGCGCAUUAGUUUUAAGAAAAUAUCUUUAUCAAGCCUUUCUCUGUGGGACACAUAGAGUGUUUAUCUCAGAUCAUCAGUCAUUUUCGGGGUUUUUCAAAUAUGAGAUUAUCGAUGAUGGAAAAAUGAUCAUAGACUACUACGUUAUUAAUGAUCCCGAGACUGUGGAACAUGGCAUAACUCUAAGGUCAGCGAUAGCAGGAUUUUUCUAUAAGGAGCAUACAGAGGCGCUCAGUACAAAAGUGAAAUUAACAGGACUAAUUGAGAUAAGUCAGAAAACCAAAGGGCCAGAUCCAUUAGCGAAUGUUCUUCCUCGACUUGUGGAAGAACCCACACCAAGUCGUAAACGGAAACGUAGCAAGAUGUCUGGCAGUCAACUUCGAAAACGAUUGAUAACUAUAGAAGAAAGCAAUGAAGUUGAUUUUGAUGCCAUUCGAGGUAACACAUUUUGUCGUAUAAUAUAUAAUCCUGCUGCAUCUUUUCCUAAUUUGGGAUUGUUGCUUCCGUCCACAGUCUUUGUUAAAUGGUACAACUAUCCUGAGCAGGCCCAAGAAAAUUUUCCAGAUAAAGAUAAUUACUACGACAUGUACGUCAAUGAACUUGAAAUUAAUGAGAUGCUUGCGAAUUCGUCUUUUGCUGCAAAAUUCGCAAAGCUUAUAGUUUCUGGAUACUGGAAUGGUAUUCCCAGCCAGCCAAUGCAUAUAUUUGAAGAUUUGGGAGAAGAAAUGCCAUCUAAUGAAUGGGAUAAAUGUAGGGUGCAUAAGGUAGUUAAGGAUAGGCUCAUGAAACUCCAUCUGUUGGGAAUUUCACAUAAUGAUAUUAGACUCGACAAUAUACAUGUUUCAAUAUCAGGAAGGAUCACUUUGAUAGAUUUUGGGUUAGCUGUUUACCCAAGUAGCGAAGAUCGGAAAAAAAGAGACCAUGGAGCUCUUGACGAGAUUAUUCCUAUUGUUGGUCAUAGGUACAACAGCCAGCAUGAAUUACAAGAUAGUAUUCUAUGUGCGGACAAGGAUUCGGAAGGCAAAUAUAAUGAAAGCAGGUGGAAUGAUCAUGGAAAUUCUAGUGAUGAAAUGGUUUUUGAUGAACUGGUUGUAGAAUCAGAUGACACCGCAGGGUCUACGAAGGUAUAUUUCAAUUCAAAAGUAUGA